AUGGAUUCCGUCAAUCUGAAUAAAAGCUUUAAAGAGACCGUACGUCUGGUCCUCAGCAAAGAGGAGCUGGAGAAGGAGGGGCGAAAGAUCCAUGAGGUUAGGAGCAUUCCCAAGUCGGAUUUGUGGACCUUUGAGAGUGUGGGUGGCUUCUUUAUGCCCACAGAGGAAAUUUCCAAGUUGCCACUGGAUCGCCAGGAGCAGCUGCUGAUUCGCAACCUCAUCUACGCCUUCUCGGGCGUACCCUCGUCGCACAUAAAGCCGGAAGCGACCAUCAAACAAAUCGCAACGAUGCAGCAAUCGGGCCUGCCCAAUGUGCGCUUUAAGAUCGAUGAGGGGUUCAACAGUACCAUUAGAACGCUGGGCAACUAUUUGCUGCCCUUGGUCGGCCACUUCAUCAGUGUCCAGAACUUCAUUGAGACCACUAACAUGACUCCAAGAAGCGGACGCACCAGUCUGGCCCUGGCCGCCGCCUUGAACGACAAAAUGCAGCAGUACUACGACCUGCAGGCGACGAUGGAGACGGAGAUGCAGCAACGGAAGCUCUUUUUAAAGGAUCUGGUGCGGCAGCUUCGUCCCUGGGUCGGCAUCCUGAAGGUGUUUAGCUCGAUGGUCACCAGUGCCCGCGGCAAGAAAACCAGCGCCCAGAUUCUCAGCGAUAUGAAUGAGAUCUAUGAGAAGCUGAAGCCAAGCGAUCUGGAGCUGAAGGAGCUUUUGGAAAAGAUCCUGAACUCCGUCAGCAGCGUCUACAUGAAGAUCGUACAACUGUGGACCCAAAAAGGCAUCAUCUACGACUUGCAGCACGAGUUCUUUGUCGAGGACUCGGAGCGCUCCAAUUCCAUGAGCAGCACCCUCCUGGCCCCGGAACAGUGCUGUCACGCCUACUGGGAGAAUCGCUACACCCUGCUGCCGGAGCGCCUGCCAGAUUUCCUGAACCCCCUGGCUGCGGAGAUAUUCCAUGCCGGCAAGUACCUCAACAUCCUGCGGCAGUGCAACGUGAAGCUGACGCUUAUGCAGACUCCACUCAACUACAAUCCCAAGGAACAGAGCCAUGUGGAGAUCAUUCGGAGCAGCUACGAACUGCCGGGCAAGAAGCUGCUGGAUUACCUGAAAACGGAGCACCACCUGGAGUGGCAUCUGGGCAAUCUGCACGGCUACUUCCUGCUUCAGAACCAGGAAUUCGCGGAGGCACUGCUGGCCAACUACCAGGAGCAUAUGCAGAGAGGCGUGGACCGCAUGAUUCCGGAGACGCUGCAGAGUCUGCUCAUGGAGACGCUGCAGAUAAUCGACGAUCCCUUCAAGGACCUGAUGCGCUGCCAGCUAAAGGACCGCGAUGUGGCCUCCCAGCUGCAGAAGCUGGUGAACCGCGAACAUGGAGAGGCGGACAAAAACGAGGGGAACACCAGCAACACCACCAGCGACGACGAUGGAGAUCCUUUCGGUAGGUUCACUCUCUACGGCUACGAGGCCUUUGCCCUGCGCUACGAGCCCAAGUGGCCGCUCAGCUUCGUCCUUCACUCGGAGCCCCUGCAGAAAAUGCAACUUCUGCAGCGCGUUAUCUUGUUUCUGCGCUACGUGCAGCGUCAGUUGCAGGCCCUGUGGCAAGCCCCGCCCGAGGGCACUAUCCCCAUCUCGCAGAGCACUCGCUCCGAAGCCCUGCGCCAACGCAUGCUGGGCAUCAUGAUCAACCUGGAGCAGUACAUCACGCAGGACAUUGCGGAGCCGCGCUGGGAGAUGCUCAUCGUAGUGGCGGACAAGGCCCAGCACAUCGACGAUCUGGUCGAGCGGCUCUCCAUCACCCUGGAGGAGUGUCUGCGCCUGGGCCUCCUCUCGGGAGCCAUUGCCUUUGUGCGCUCCCUAUUCACGCUCGGCCAGGUGUGCCUCAACUUCAGCAGCUUCGCCGAGACCCCGCUGUGUGACGAGCAGGCCUUCGACGACGGCGUGGCCGAGUACGAAACUGAGUUUGGCAGCCUCCUGAAAAGCAUCCUGGAUCUGGUGCGGGAGCUGGCCAACUCCACCAGCAGCACCGCAGAGGAUGAGCGUGAGUCCUGUCAGCAGUUGCUGCUACGCCUGGAGGCCUACAAUUAGCGUUUUGUUUCUCGUUCCCAAUUUAUUUUCGUUUCGUUUAAUGUUUUCUUUACGGACCACAGAAGCAUGUCACACCAGCACUCCAUGAUCUGUUGGUCAAUCUCCGCACCAACCCUUGCCAAAUUAUCCGUCCAACCAAAUUUGUAAUGUGCGCCCAAACCCAAAACCCAUUGAAAACGAAACCGAACCAUAGGCACCCUAUGAUGUUCACACUAAAUUCUCCCAAUUGUUCGGCUAUUAUGAUCUCACUUUUGGUCUUAUACAAAAACCUAUGUCACUUUUUAGACUGCCUGUAAUUUCAAUAAAUUGUCCGUAAAGAUAAAUAU